UUUGGACGGAUAAAGUGAUGGGUGAACUGUUACUUUAAGAAACUUAAGAGUUUACAACAGAGCAGGGAUUUGGAGGAAUUUUUCUCACUGAAUCAUAUGACAGAAAUAUUUUUAGCUUGAGAGAAGAAACAUCGUAAAACUCCCCGAAAAGAAACAAUGUUAUUUUUUUCGCUCGUCUGAUCCAAAUAUCUAACGUAACGCCUCUGUUAUUAUCAUAAAGCGCCACAAAGUUUGAGGAAACUUGCACAAUUCUCCUGUGGGUUUACUGUACGCUUUUCCUUCUGGAGGAGGGGCAGCAUCUUUUACCAAAGACCCACGUCACUCUGUCAAACUCGGUUUUUCAUGAAACUUGAAGAUUCAAGAAUCAUUUCGUUGUUUUGUUCCUGGAGUACAUUGGGUGAAAAAGAUGCAGACUGGAUUUCGACUGAAUUUAAGCCCGGUUAAAGAACCGCUGGGUUUCGUGAAAGUCGUGGAGUGGUUUACAGCGGUUAUAGCGUUUGCGACCUGUGGGGGAUACAGUGGCAGAAAUGUGAUUUCAAUCUUCUGUGAUGGAAGCAGCAAUGAAACACUCAGUGCCAGUUUCUCCUAUCCGUUCAGGUUAAACCAGGUUCUCCUGGUAGAGAACAACAGUACCCUUUGCAACCGCACCGUUCCUGAAGCUCAUCUGGUGGGAGAUUCUUCAUCCUCGGUGGAGUUUUUCGUGGCUGUAGCCGUCUUGGCGUUUCUCUAUUGCAUGGUGGCUCUGUUGGUUUAUCUCGGCUACAUGCACGUAUACCGGGAUUCUGACUUUGGCCCAAUGUUUGAUUUUGUGAUGACGGCAGCGUUUGCAUUCCUGUGGCUCGUGUGCUCGUCGGCGUGGGCAAGAGGUUUGCAGACAGUGAAGGACGCCACCGGCAUGGCCGGCAUUGAGUCCACUCUUGGCCUCUGUACGGAGAGAGAUGUCAAAUGUGAAGUAACCGAGUAUGCCAGUCUGCGCUCACUCAAUAUAUCUGCGGUAUUUGGUUUUUUGAACCUCCUCAUAUGGGCCGGGAAUGCCUGGUUUGUGUAUAAGGAGACACGCUGGCACUCUCAGAAGGUAAAUGCUCGGCCAGUGGCGGGUCGGGGUCCAGCUCCUGCACCUAUCUAAACCCUGUUCCCGAAUCAUCACCACCACACACAAUAACAAUAUCUUAGAUGAUGUAAGAAACACGUGAUGUUUAUGUGUACUUGAAAAAUGUUUAGGUUUGUUUCUGAGUGCCUCACACCCACAAGUGUUUUUUGUUUUAUAUUGCAUUACUCCUGCAUGUUUUUUUAAAUGACCUUUGUCUCAUGCAUCAUUCAUCAGGCAGACAUUUUUAGACAAUAUUAUGUUUUAGCUUAUUUUUUAUUGUAUUUUGGUUUCUUUUAAAAAGCGUGAUUUACUUCAGUAGCACAUUUGUAAAAUAUUCCUGUGUUAUUGUACAUGUAUUUUUUAUAUGUGUCAUUGUAAUGCAGUAUUAUUCAGCAACAGUAUUUCUGGCAGGGCUGGAGUGUUGCUUGUCGUACUUUUAAUGCUUAAAUGGUUUAUCUUUGUUUGUUUUUAUUAUUCUCCUGCCAUAGACUAGGAUUAGGAAAGCAUUAUUUUCUGUGCAUUUAAACGGUUUUAUUUUUUGGUGAAUAAAACUCUGAAAAGUAUACUAGUUUACAGGACUGAUAUUUCUUGCCUGUGUUUGUACUUUUUGGGAAAGAGUAAAAUGUUUUUGCCAAAUAAAUCUGGUUGCUUCUGGUAUAAUACUGCUUUUGUUUGUCUGCUCAUCCUGUGACUUCACCGGUCACCAUUUGUCAAGAAAACAAACCAAACAUUAUAUGCACCAAACAUCGCAGCAUGGUCAUUUACAGCAGUAAAAAAAGGAGGUGUGAAGCCU